GCUAGCUAGCUGCAGGAGUCAAGCGAGGACAUCCACCUAACCUUUAUUUAUUAUACCUGAAUACACUGUUCCGUUUUUUCUAGACUCAAACGAAAAUGUCCGUUUAUCGUUGGUGAGCUUAAUUAAUAAAGGUUGACUUUAAUGUUAUGAAGUGUAACGUUAAUCCAAACAGAAAUGAUGCGUUCUUUGCUUUUCGCACGAACGCUUGUUUUGCUCAGCGUUCAAACACGAAAGCAACACGACAGUGAUUGACAGCCUCAACUCAAAAUAAAAAUAAACACAAGAUCUUGUCACCUGUCCUCCUGAUGCCGAGAGGCUCUUGGUGACACGUCUGCCUCACCUACAGCUGAACUACUGUGAAGAUCUACUGUGCCUCUCCUCUGGCCUGCUGACAAAGUGGAGCUGUGUCCACUUCAUUUCUAUACCCACAUUCCCAGGAGGCGUGGUCGCACCCAGAAGUCGAGAUGUCCAUCACCAACACACCCACCAGCAACGACGCCUGCCUGAGCAUCGUGCACAGCCUGAUGUGUCACAGACAGGGUGGCGAAAGUGAGACGUUCGCCAAGCGGGCCAUUGAGAGCCUGGUGAAGAAAUUGAAGGAGAAAAAAGACGAGCUCGACUCCCUCAUCACAGCGAUCACCACCAAUGGGGCCCAUCCCAGCAAGUGUGUGACCAUUCAGAGGACACUGGACGGGCGGCUGCAGGUGGCUGGACGUAAAGGGUUCCCUCAUGUCAUCUAUGCCCGGCUGUGGCGGUGGCCCGACCUGCAUAAGAAUGAACUGAAGCAUGUCAAAUACUGCCAGUUUGCCUUUGACCUCAAGUGUGACAAUGUGUGUGUCAACCCCUAUCACUAUGAGAGAGUGGUUUCUCCCGGUAUAGGUGAGCAUGGAGAAACUUUCAACCUGUCAGGGCUGACGUUGACCAGUUCCGGUCCCAGCGCCGCGCUGCUGGUAAAGGACGAGUAUGACUUCGAUGGGCCGCAGAGUCAGCCCUCAAUCGAGGGAGGGCACUCCAUCCAGACCAUCCAGCACCCUCCAUCUGUCGGCUGCCCGACCCCUUCCGAACCGUUUCCAACCCCCAACCUGCUCCCGCCUGCUGAGGCCUCCACCUCGGCCUCCACCUCGUCCUUCCCUCCCAUUGCUGCUGGAUCAGGCAGUGCCAGCUCAACCUGGUCUAGGAACAGCAGCUUCACAUCCAACAUUCCCCACCACACCAACGGACACCUACAGCACCACCCUCCUAUGCCCCAUCCGACACACUACUGGCCAGUACACAAUGAGCUUGCCUUUCAGCCUCCGAUAUCCAAUCAUCCAGCUCCUGACUACUGGUGCUCCAUCGCGUACUUUGAGAUGGACGUUCAGGUCGGGGAGACGUUUAAGGUCCCCUCCACUUGCCCCAUCGUGACCGUGGACGGCUACGUCGACCCCUCGGGAGGAGACCGCUUCUGCUUGGGGCAGCUCAGCAACGUCCAUCGCACCGAGGCCAUCGAGAGAGCGAGGCUUCACAUUGGCAAAGGGGUUCAGCUGGAGUGUAAGGGCGAGGGUGACGUGUGGGUGCGAUGCCUCAGCGACCACGCAGUGUUUGUCCAGAGUUACUACCUGGACAGAGAGGCGGGCCGCGCCCCCGGAGACGCCGUUCACAAAAUCUACCCCAGCGCAUACAUCAAGGUGUUUGACCUCCGGCAGUGCCACAGACAGAUGCAGCAGCAGGCCGCUACGGCUCAAGCGGCGGCCGCAGCCCAAGCCGCCGCCGUGGCCGGGAACAUACCGGGACCCGGAUCAGUCGGAGGAAUCGCCCCAGCUAUCAGUCUGUCAGCAGCAGCCGGCAUCGGCGUGGAUGACCUGCGCAGGCUGUGUAUUCUCAGGAUGAGCUUUGUUAAGGGCUGGGGGCCCGACUACCCCCGCCAGAGCAUCAAGGAGACCCCCUGCUGGAUCGAGAUCCACCUGCACAGAGCGCUCCAGUUACUGGACGAGGUCCUGCACACUAUGCCCAUAGCGGACCCACAGCCUCUGGACUGAGCAUUACGCUGAUGGUCUGCCUCAGUGAGCUGCUCCCACCAAGAGAGCGUGACACUGAAAUAGGCCAAAGCCAUAUAUCAAAGAUAUACACUUUUAUUUUUGAUGGAUGGCUUGGAUGUGCGAUGACUGGAAUGAUGAACUGCUGGACUAGAAAAAAGGACUUGACAGGAUACCGUAGUAACAAAGCACCACAUCAUGCACACAGAUGACCUGCAGGUCCCAUGAAACUGGAAUGUCCAGCAAAAUACUCGCCAACCAGCGACCACUGGCAGACGUUGGAACCAAUGGAAGAACAUCCCAGUGCACGGCUGUGGGAUGAGGUGGAGCUAGUUCAGUCGUUCAACUGUUGCGCAACACCACUCCCUCGCUUGGAUCGUCACUCCACAGCAUGUCGGUGGCUGCCUCUCCGAUGGCGGGCGGGGUUGAGGACGUCCUAGCUUGGAUCGGGUCCGGGAGAAUCUUUGAGAAACUGGCUUUCUGAGUGAAGGACGACGCCCAGUUGAGGUUUUGGGCUAGACGAUGAUAUGACGUACAAAGUUAAGCUGCCCACAGAUUUACAAUAUGUCUGUUGUUACUAACCCACUGUGAUUUAUGUCAUUUUCUUCACUCGAGUACAGCGAAGACGAGAUGCUCCUUCAACUUUGGUCCUUUUUCCACCACGGUCACCUCCCACCUGUUUCAGGUAUUUUUACUUUUUUAUGCUGCCAGGCGGGAAGUCACUACACCUUCCUCUGCAAACUCCUCGCAUGUUCUCCCUUUCAGUGUGAGAGGAAAAAAGCAAAGCGCUUGGAGGCUUUUGGUUUGAUUUCAUUGCAGUAAAGAAACGCACAGUUGUUCCUUCUGAGAUCACAGGACAAGCUGGCUCCAUCAAUGUUUUGACAAACCAAAGUACUUGUUGCUCAGAAAUAUGAUCACACUGGACUUACAGUAUGAGAGUUGCAAUCAGCGGCUGGACUUUGCCCCCGAUCACAUUCAUUUGGAAGUUUCUUUAACUUUACAUGUGAUCGUGAUUAUUUGUUUUCAGUUUACAGAUAUUUUUUUUUUUUUUU